AUGAAACGUCAGGCGAAUAAAGUUGACUGUUCCAGAGACCGAUUCCACUCAAAUGCCAACGGUCUCAUUCGUGGCAAACUCUACGCAGUUCACUCGUACUACCGAUGCAUGUUUGAAAUCCCUUUGGAAGAUGUCGAGGGCGAAAAAGGCAUGGCUGUGACGCCAUUUACGAAGUGGUCAGAAAUAAAACUCCACCUGGCGGACACCAUCGACGCCGAGCCCGUCGUCAUUCACAGGGAAACAAAACCACCUAAAAAUCCCUUUGGUGCAACACAUGCCUACGGCUAUCAGGACAUAAUUUUUGAGGUCAGUUGA